UCCACUGUGGAGGAGGCGGGCCGCCAGGUGCGCUCGGGAUGAUGUACCUCUGGCUGGUGAUAGUCCUUUUAGCUGUGCUGCUGUGGGCCUGGAGGUCUACCAAGCGACCGGCGUGGAGCCCAAAGGGACCACCACUGAUGCCGUGGGUGGGAAAUCUCUUCUCCAUGGACUUGAAGCACGCCCACCACACCUACGCCGAAUGGGCCAAGAUGUAUGGUGCCAUCUAUCAUGUCAAGAUUGGCGUCAUGCACCAGGUUGUGAUCAGCGAUCCCGACUUGAUCCGAGAAGCCUUCAGUCGACUUGAGCUCAGCGGUCGACCCGACACUCAACUAUUUCAGUUUAUUGUGAAGGGAACGGGACUAGUCUCUUCCCAGGGUGAGUUAUGGCAGGAAUCCAGGCGUCUGACGCUUCAUCACCUGCGCAACUUGGGCAUGGGCAAGUCCGAACUGGAAGAGUAUAUGCACUAUCAGAUCACUAGUUACAUGGACGAGAUUCUGGCGCCGAAUUGCGGCUCCGAGCUUGCCUUUGACUCAUCUCUGAACAUCGCCGUGGUCAAUAUCAUCUGGAAGCUGGUCGCGUCGGAGGAGCUGAGCCUCACCGACACCAAGGUCCUGAACGCCAUCACUACGCUUUCACAAGUUCUCGAGACUGCCCAGCGCAUGGAAAUUCUUGAUGCCGCUCCAUGGCUUAGCAACGUGCUGCCAAGUUUUGUUUUCAAUAAGGCAAAGAUUGAAAAGCAAUUUGAAAGUGUAGUGGAUGAUGUGUUCAUGCCCUCCAUCAAGAAACAUCUUGAAGAUCUUGAUACGCUCAGUGAGCCUCGCGACUACAUGGAGGCCAUGCUUCGAGAACAGCAGGAACGACCGGACCUGCUGACCGACUGGCACCUCCUUAUGUCGGUGAUGGAUCUGUUUUUCGCUGGCAACGACACGACGGCUACGACCCUGCGCUGGGCAUUCUGCUUCCUGUGCAGCCGCCCAGAGGUGCAGCGGCGUCUGCAGGCCGAGCUGGACGGCCAGGUGGGCCGGCAGCGGCUGCCGUCCCUCUCGGACAGGUCGCGUCUCCCGUACGUCGAGGCCGUGCUGCUGGAGACGCAGCGACUGGCCGACAUCACACCCUUGCUGGUGAUGCAUCAGUCGCUGGCGCCUGUCGACGUCGGCCGACACCGGCUGCCGGCUGGCGUCCAGGUCAUCGCUAACGUACACAGCGUGCACCACAGCGAGCGACUGUUCCCCGAGCCGCUGCAGUUCCGGCCCGAGCGUUUCCUGGACGGCGACGGCAAGUUCCAGCCGGACAAGAACGUCAUGCCGUUCUCAGUGGGCAAGAGACAGUGUGUGGGCGAGAGUAUGGCGCGGGCUGAGCUGUUCCUCUUUGUCACCUGCUUCAUGCAAAAGUUUACCUUCCGUUGGCCAGAGGGGUUCACACACGACCUGGGAGAAGAUCCAAAAGGCACGUUCCUUCGCAACCCCAAACCGUACAAGCUCGUACCAGAGAGGCGCUGAGGCGGAGGGACGGCGAGGAGCAGGGGGCCAGCCGCUCUCCUCAUCCAAAAGUCAGGGGCACACGCGCGCGUGAUGAUAUCUGUGAUCUUUGCUUACCAUUAAGAGCCACCACACGCACGUAGAAAAUUGUGUGGUUCCGGAGAGACGUAUGAAAUGCUGCAAUUUCUUUCGAUCACAGCAGAAUCACAUUUCCGAUUGUGAGUAAACAUCGCUUCUAGCACAAUGACUGUGCGUCUCCGAAAUUCAUUUUUUGCACCUAAACUGAUCGUUUAGAUUCUUUAUAACUUGGUUGGGCUGGUCGUAGUUAGGACACAUACGCGGUAACAAGCCAUACUGGUCUAUGGCUUCGAGAACCUGAAGAGCCUGCACAUAUGAUGAAGUGAACCGGCGGGCCACCAUUUUGUAUCCUUACGCCAUUUCAGGUCACAAGUGUGUGCUCGUUGAAUGUGUUUUUGGAAAGGGAGGGGCAAAACGCGAUAUUUUACAUCGCUCUGUUUCUAAGUGGCGUUACGAGACCAAUCGUUCGAGCUUGCUAAGCCGUUGCCCUCCCACUGACCACGCCUCCUCCCUUUUCAUCGUGAACAGCUGAUGCUGAUUGCAACUUAAGUUUUAAGACGAUAAGGGCAGUUCUGAUAGCGGGCUGACGUGCGUAAGACAUGUUGUGAACUGAUAUGUUAUGAUCUGGUAUGCGCAUUGCGCUGAUGUGGAUAUUGGCGUAGAACUGUUGAAUUUGCGGUGAGUUUGCAAUGAGUUUGAGGUUGCAGUGAUUGAGUCGCAGGUAACUAGUAUGCUCGUACGAACAUGGCUUCUAACCGGUUUACACUUGCGCCGCAGGUAUCGAUGCGCAUAGGCGACGUUUCCGUCUGGGUGUAAAGAGGGCUCCAGCGCAUGCUUCGAGCCUGAAGCGUAUAAGCAGUGCGUGGUGUUCGCGUUUAGGGAUAGAUACAGCCACGGUUGAUGAACAUGCCCGACUGUCAUUGAGUUAUCCUUAAAUCGCUGAAAAUCGGCAUUGACUGCUUGGAUUCCGGUACGGGAUGUUGUCGAAAAGAAUUUAGAUCAAGUAAUUGAGAGCGCAUGCUAACAGGGAGGCAUAAUCAGAUGUCGUUACCCUAAUGUCACCUAUCGUCAAUCUAUCAAACGUGAUUGGGUGUUUGUUAUCUCAUAAACCUUUGCUGAGCACCAAGAGCAAAACUGUCCACCUGCUCUCCAGGCAUUAUCAAGUUGGGGUACAUAGAACCUGGGGUGCGGCAGCACUGGCAAAUGCGCCAACCCAUAGUGCCUCCCUUCGCGAAAAAGCGGGUGGCGAAUAGUGCAAAUUUCCGUCAACAGGUGUCCUCAAAUAACAUUACCCACUAGACGACCGUAGCUGAGCCUUGGUGUGUGCCAGCCCAGCUUCAUCUGUCAUCAAAAUGGCUGGUCGAAGUUUAUAAACGUCUUUUCACCGGUGGUGUGGUGCUGAGAAUAGCGCAAAGUUUCGCCAACAGGGUCCCUUACAAAAAAUUGCCCGCUAAAUAGCGGUAGCUAAACCUUGGCUUGUGUCAGCUCAACUUUAUCGUUCAUUAAAAUGGCUUGCCGCAGUCUAUGAACGUCCCUUCACUUCCCAUAAGUUUCAAAGUGAUCCUAACAUGCUCAUUAACUGCAUUUGUUGUUGUCAGAGAAGCUUUGCCUGCUAUGGGAACUCGAUCAAUAUCGACCUGAGAAGAACUAACGCUUAAAUGGAGAUGCAUUCCGUCUUGAGCGCGUCCUGGCUUUGUUCUAAAAUCACGGAGUAGUGGUAUUUUUAAUACUCGCCACCAACGCACCCUAUUCGCGCAUCAAAUUUGUACAGAUGUGGAGGUGAGUUUGUCAGGAGACACUGGAUUGAACUUGUUAGACUUGAAAAUCGCACUCUGGAAGCAUCUGCAAAUGUGCUUGAAUGCGGUUUAAAUGUUGGCAAGACGGAUUAGAUAAUGGGAGUGAAAGCUUUGCACGGAACGAAGCCUGUGUGGAUACUGAUGUCUGUUUAUUUUGUUUCCGGCAUUGCUUGCGCUUAUGAUCAUUUUCACGGAAAAUGCGUUGUUCUGCUCUCGAAAAAAUAAAGCCAUGAUAUAAUAAGCCAGUCUCACAUUAUGCAACGUUCAUCAUGUUCUCCAUCUUAGACACACUGAGGUGAGACGACCGACGACCACAUGUUCAUUCGUUAUGGCGCAGCACCAAAUGCACACACAAAAAGAGUUACGCAACAAUAAAACCCAACCAAAUGGUGCUUCAUUUAGCAGAUACCUGCACAAUGUUGUUCUGGCGCUUGAAAUCACAGAUAUUCCAUAUUGCCAUCAUCAAUACGUUGUUUUCAAUCGCGAUGGGUAUGAGCACGCCAUACCAUGUGGUAUGCCGGCAGAACAGCCAGAGAACACCCUGAGCGCGUGCAUGCAUUGCACGCAAUUCAUAUCAUGCCCGCAACGCCUGAGAGCUUUAUUUCCGAUUACGAACGACGUGUGUUGGAAAUUAGAUGACCAUUGUAUGCAUCGAUUGUGUAAUUAAUGGCCAAGGCGUACAGAUUUGCAUUUGGCUAGCGCAAAGCAUCCCUCAUCUACCUGAAAGGGCAACCCGUAAUUCACAUCCUACUCUUUGAAAACUCCCCUUGUUACCAGCUCCGCAAGCGCAUCUGCCAUCAUAGUUUGACUGCAUUAUAAUAAUCGUACUUUUUUAAAGCUGGUGAUUAGCCCCAGGUAGCAAAUACUUCUGU